AGCGCAGAGCUGAAGGAGGAGCUGUCAAAACUUUCCAACUUGUUGAAAGUGUGUAGACGCAGCUCGGUUCCCUCAGCUCGCUGAGUCACACAGCCCGUUCCUACAGCCCGGAGAACACGGCCAGAAUGGACUAACCGAGCCUGGGAGCAGAAACAGAGGAGAACAACACGGGAAAAGAAGGAAGAACGCGUUAGAAAUAGAAGAAGAAGAAGAAGAAGAAGAAGAAGAAGAAGAAGAAGAAGAAGAAGAACAUGGAGAAAAGCUCGUGCGGGACAGGGUUCCUCCUCCCGCUCCUGCUCCUCGCCUUCCUGCUCCUUUCCCCGGGCUGGAGUCUCUCUCAGGAGAAGAAAGUGUGUCAGGGAGGGAAUAACAGGAUGACUCUGCUGAGCACGGUGGACGAGCACUAUCAGAACAUGGUGAAGAUGUACAGCAACUGCACUGUCAUCCUGGAGAACCUGGAGAUCACCUACACCUCGCACGAGCACGACCUGUCCUUCCUCAAGUCUAUCGAGGAGGUUGGUGGCUAUGUUCUGAUUGGUCUCAACAAAGCCCCGCGAAUUCCACUGGACAACCUGAGGAUCAUCCGUGGACACACGCUGUACGAUGGGCUUGCCCUGGCAGUCCUGUCCAACUAUAACAACAGCAAGGGCCUGAGAGAACUGCCCCUAAUCAGCCUGACCGAAAUCCUGAAGGGUGGGGUGAAGUUUGCCCACAACCCUUACCUGUGUAACGUGGAGACCAUCCAGUGGGCUGACAUCAUGAGCUCAAAGGACAGCUCACAGUUCGUCAAAUUCGAGUCCACCACCUCUAAAGACUGUAAAAUGUGCCACUCAGACUGCUACAACGGCUCGUGUUGGGCUCCUGGCAGGGCCAACUGCCAGACCUUUACUAAGCUGACGUGUGCGGAGCAGUGCUCCGGGAGGUGUAAAGGACCCAAACCCAGCGACUGCUGCAACAUGCACUGUGCGUCCGGAUGCACCGGACCCAGACCUACAGACUGCCUGGCCUGUCGGGACUUCCAGGAUGAUAAUACAUGUAAAGACGCAUGUCCUCCUCUCAUGCUUUAUAACCCCAACACCCACCAGCUGGCCCCCAACCCUGAUGGGAAAUACAACUUCGGGGCCACAUGCGUCAAGAACUGCCCACAUAACUACGUGGUCACGGAUCACGGCGCAUGCGUGAGAUCAUGCAGUCCUGGGACGUAUGAGGUGGACGAGGACGGGGUCAGAAAGUGUAAGAAGUGUGAAGGACUGUGUCCAAAAGUGUGCUCUGGACUGGGGGUGGGUAAUCUGGUUGGAGUCAUGUCAAUCAAUAGCAGCAACAUCGACUCGUUUGAGAAUUGCACAACCAUCAACGGAGACGUCUUAAUCCUUAAAACUACGCUGAAUGGUGAUACAUUUACUAAAACACCAAAAAUGGAUCCAGCCAAACUCAACGUUUUCAGAACAGUGAAAGAAAUCACUGGAAGUCUUCUGGUUCAGUACUGGCCGAAAAAUAUGCCGUCUCUCAGUCCGUUUGAAAACCUGGAAGUCAUCCGUGGACGAACCAAACAUCAGGGCACAGUCAGCCUUGGGAUUGGUAAACUUCCCAUCACCCACCUGGGCCUUCGAGCUCUGCGUGAGAUCAGCGACGGAGACGUGUCCAUCUCGGCCAACGCCAAACUCUGCUACAACAGUCCCGAGCACUGGAAACGCCUGUUCAGAUCAGAAGACCAGGUCGCCCGGCCCAUGCAGAACGCUGACCCAGCUACCUGUGCGGCCCUGAAUCAGACCUGUGAUGAAAUGUGUACACCUGAAGGCUGCUGGGGUCCGGGCCCCACCAUGUGCUUCAGCUGUAAACACUACAGCCGUAAGAAGAGCUGUGUAGCUUUCUGUAACCUGCUGGAGGGUGAGCAUCGUGAAUGCGAGGUCAACAUGACCUGUCUGGAGUGCGACCCCGAGUGCAGACCACUCAACGGCUCACUGACCUGCAGUAAACCUGGUCCGGACGGCUGCGUGGAAUGCGCCCACUUCAGAGACGGACCGCACUGCGUGGCCCGCUGCCCUCAGGGCAUCCCGGGAGAGAAGGACACGCUGGUGUGGAAAUAUCCCGACAGCAUGCGGGUGUGCCAGCUGUGCCACCAGAACUGCACCCAGGGAUGCACCGGACCAGAACUGAAAGACUGCAGAGAAUAUAAACCUUUUUCAGGGAUGUCGGUGAUAGCCGCUGGCGUGGUCGGGGGUAUCCUGGCCUUUGUUAUUCUCAGUUUGGGCGUGGCCGUACUCGUGAGGAGACGACACAUCAAGAGGAAGAGGACACUGCGCAGAUUACUGCAGGAGAGAGAGUUGGUGGAGCCGCUCACCCCCAGUGGAGAAGCUCCUAACCAGUCCCUGCUGCGCAUCCUCAAAGAGACAGAGUUCAAGAAGAUCAAAGUUCUGGGAUCCGGAGCGUUCGGCACGGUGUAUAAGGGUUUGUGGGUCCCGGAAGGAGAAGACGUGAAGAUCCCUGUGGCCAUUAAGGUUCUGCGAGAGGCCACAUCCCCUAAAGCUAACAAAGAGAUCCUGGACGAGGCGUAUGUGAUGGCCAGUGUGGAGCAUCCUCACGUGUGUCGUCUCCUGGGCAUCUGCCUGACGUCCACAGUGCAGCUGGUCAGUCAGCUCAUGCCGUACGGCUGCCUGUUGGACUACGUGAAGGAGAACAAGGACAACAUCGGCUCUCAGCACCUGCUCAACUGGUGCGUCCAGAUCGCCAAGGGAAUGAACUACCUGGAAGACCGUCACCUGGUGCACAGGGAUUUGGCUGCGCGUAACGUGCUGGUGAAGACCCCUCAGCAUGUGAAGAUCACAGACUUUGGCCUGGCCAAGCUGCUCAGCGCUGAUGAGAAGGAGUACCAUGCAGAUGGAGGCAAGGUUCCAAUUAAAUGGAUGGCGCUUGAAUCCAUCCUUCACAGGACGUACACACACCAGAGUGAUGUGUGGAGUUACGGUGUGACCGUCUGGGAGCUGAUGACGUUUGGGACGAAGCCUUACGACGGAAUUCCUGCCAGUGAGAUCGCUGGAGUUUUGGAAAAGGGAGAGAGGCUUCCACAGCCACCCAUCUGCACCAUAGACGUCUACAUGAUCAUGGUCAAAUGCUGGAUGAUCGAUGCAGAAAGCAGGCCAAGAUUCAGAGAGCUCAUCGCCGAGUUCUCCAAGAUGGCACGAGAUCCAACUCGCUAUCUAGUCAUUCAGGGUGAUGAGAGGAUGCACCUGCCCAGCCCUACUGACUCUAAGUUCUACCGCAGCCUGAUGAGCGGAGUGGAUCUGGACGAGUCUAUGGAUGCUGAUGAGUAUUUAAUGCCCAACCACGGCUUCUUCAGCAGCCCCAGCACCUCCCGCACUCAGCUGCUGCACUCUGUGAGCCUCAACAGCAGCAUCGGAUCAUGCCAGAACAGAAAUGGGAAUCUUUUCCCAGUGAGAGAGAGCCUCAUGCUGCGCUACAUCCCAGACCCGACAGACCGGUUCCUGGACGGAGACUUCCAGCCAGCUCCAGAAUACAUGAACCAGCAGAACGGCACCGUCCCAUCCGACAUGUCCAACCCCAACUACCAGCACCCAGCCCCCCCACGCAUCGCCCACCCGGCCAGCGCCCUGGACGAGACGGAGGAGGAGUACCUCAACUGCUUUAAAGCCACGGCAGCUCCUUCUCCAACCACUCUGCCCGAGUACCUCAACACCUCCCAGGCCCGCCUCCUGUCCCCGUCCUCGUUCGGCCACGCCCACACCAACGGGCACAGCUUCAUUGCCCAGAGCAGCAUAGACAACCCGGACUACCAGCAGGACUUCUGCCCCCUGGGGGUGAAGCCAAAGGCCAACGGGCACCUCCCGGCUGCGGAGAACGCCGAGUACAUGGGGGUGGAGGUGCACUAGCACGACAUCCAGAGUCCGGCACGGAUCAGAACUGUUCAGAGACUACAGAAAAGAUCCAGCAGAAAAAAAAACAUAUUUUUCAGAUAUUUUUUGUCGAUAUAAUGUCAAAAGCAUUGUUUUCUGUCGAGUAGAGGAGCUGUAGAUUCCUCUACACUGCCUUUUUGAACCUGUGGGCGGAGCUAGCUAGAGCUAGACUGGGGAUCGCUGUUUUUCGUAUUUCGAAUUAUCGAUUUCUUUUAUUUUUAAACACACUGUUUUAUUUUGUGUUUGCAUUAUACGUUUGGUACGCUUGGUUUAAGAGUAGUAAACACAAUGUGAAUGAUUUUGUCAAAAAAUCUAAAUCUUUGUGAAUCAAGACCACGCCCCCUUGACUACAGCAUCAUGACCACACCCCCUGACUCUUUGCCAGAUCUGUAGCGCUCAACCUACUUGGCUAAUUGAUUGAUUAGCCAGUUUAGAUCCAUUAUUGUAAAAAAAAAAGUGGGUUUUUUCAAUUCCAGUUCCAAAUUAGCUUAGCCAGUUAACUCAUAGCUACGCUAACUAGUAAUGCUCCCAACAUGGUCUACAGGGUCAGGACAGGACAGACAGGUGCAUGCCUCCUCCGAUACAUGUGAAUCAGGCCCCGCCUCUUUUUUUUUUUUUUUUUUUAGCAGCCACCAAUGCAGCAUUAGGCACUAGGCGGCAAACCAAAAAAAUGCUUGAAAGAAAGCAUCGUAUACAUCAGCCCGCAGAUGCCUGUGCCAACCAGCAUCACAUCUAAUGCAAGUGAUGGGAGGCUGAGUCAGAGAGUGCGCCCCCUACUGUACCCACCCAAAAACAGCAUGGCCAAUUGUGCUCUCUCUCUCUCUCUCUCUCGGACUCCGGCUGCUGAUGGCAGAGCAGCAUGAUCUGGGAGUCGACAUUAUUACGAAGUAUAUCAUUUUGACGAUAACUAACACGAAUCAUGUGUCAUAAAUUAGUGACUAUGUAGCAUAUAUUGUAUUGUACAGCUUUGAAACACUAUAAAAAAGUCUCAUCAGUAGAUCACGGGAGGCUGAGCCACGUAUUUUUUUUUUUUUUUUUUUGCUGUGAAUAAAAGACGAAGACGAAGGUUGACUGCGAUAUCAAUGCAGGAAGUGUCGGUCGGCUUAACAGAAGUAGGCCGGCCCACAAACGGUACGAAUACAGAAAGAUACAGAAGUGACUGGUGUUCCUGCAUCCAUUAUAGUUCAGUAUCUUGUUUGCUAUCACACACAAGCUGUGUACAGGGUUACGUGUAUCUCAUCGCUCUGUUUAAAGGCCUUUUCACACUGAGAACAAUUUUUUUUUAAUGCUCACUACAGCAAAAAAAAAAAGUGUGCCCGAUAUUCUUUAAUUUUUCUUUUUCUUUUUUUUGUUUCUGCUUGUACAUUGGUAUAAUGGUGGGAAUAAGCUUCAGCUGUUUGCUGUUAUUUAUUAUUGUGCGUUUUUCACCAUGCUGUCAGUACCCACACUCAUGUAAUACUGUGAAAGUGAAGUAAUGCAAUGAGCUGAAACAUCAUGUUACAAAAUGAACCAUUCACACGACCCCACACGCAGCACUGGGAGCGGAUAGCUUCCACACCUGCAGUGGAAUUGACCACACAAGAGUCCCCUUAAAGUAAAACCCAGACCACCGAUUUCAGAAGAACCAGAGAUUGGUACUCAGGAUUGGUACUCGCUUUUUGGGUUCAGAACAGCUUUCACACUUUUCACACCAAACAUUUACCAAAAUUAUAGAGCAAGUGCACCCAGGUCUGGAAAAAGAAAGCCUAGAAUAAACAAAAUGCCUUGUAAUGUAGUGGAACCUUUGCACCAAGUAUGUAAAUGUCUUGGACUCCUAAAUAUAUAUUAAAUAUAUAUAUUUUUCAAAACUUAGCUUAUGUUUUUUUUGUGUAAAAGUGUUGAAUAGGAACGUCCCCGAGUCCGAGUACCAAUCCAAUACUUUGAAAAUGCAGUAAAAAUAGAAAGAACACAUGCAAGUUGUCCCUUAAGUUUUUUUUUUAAUUAAUUUUUAAUUAUUAUUGAAAUGUCGGUAUGAAAAAAACAUAAAAACAAGUAUUUAGAAAAUUAAAUAGAUAGAAAUAAAUGGUUUUUAUUUAAAUAUGCAGCUUAUCUUAAAUAAACUUAAAAAAUGUGUAUAAAAUCAACCAUCAGAUGAAAGUGAAAUAAAGUACAUUUUCCAUUUUACAGUUGAAAGGCACAGUGGUUCCAUUAAGGAAUGUCUUCUAAUUUCUGACCCCGAUUUCUGAUCAUGUGAUCAGAUCUUUUCUUUUCAUUUUUUUUCCCCAUUUUUUCCCAAUUUAUCUGACCAGUUGUCUCACCCAUUCAGCUGCUAAUCAGCUCUAUAUAUCCCCCAUCACUAGUGAUGCCACAACACAAGGAGGGUGAAGACCAGCACAUGCCUCCUCCGAUACAUGUGAAGUCAGACUCCGCCUCUUUUUGAACUUUUGAACUUCUGCUGAUGCAGCAUUACAGAGUAGCAUCACAGCAGCGACUGGGUUCUGAUACAUCAGCUCACAGACGCAGCCUUCUGCUGAUCGACAUCACCCUAGGAGUGAUGAGGGGAAAGAGCGCCAUCUACUUUACUGUACCCACCCAGAGAGAGAAAGGCCUGUUGUGCUCUCUCAGGGCUCCGGCAGCUGAUGGCGAAUCUCCCGUUCAUAGUAUUCUUUCAUUUCCACCUGUAAAAGUUUGGGACUCUGUGUGAAUAGGCCUUAAGUUGGUUCUCGUGGGUUUUUUUUUUUUUGUUGUUUUUUUUGCAUUGUUGCACUAAAUUUUAUAUUGAUUCUAGUUUGCCAUGAUGUGUUUUUAGGGGAUCUCUAACUUUAGAACUGCCACUUCAGCCACUCUGAAUCUGAGUGACGUGUCUGAUUAUACAGAUUUAGGUUUCUUCUUCUAGCGUUUCUGCUUUUUCUGUUUUUUUUUCAGCCUUUUCAGCUUUUUCUGUUUGUUGUAAAAAGUCUUUGUAUAGCUUUUCAGUGUUCUACAUUCCUUCCUGAACUCUCCCCACCACAACCCCCCCCCCCCCCCCCUCUUUACUACAGUCUGUAAUUAUUACUUUUAAAAAGUACACAGAAUAAAAUGUUCUUUUUUUAAUCAGA